AUGCAACUCUAUGCCAAGUUUCUAAAAGAGCUCAUCACUAAGAAAAAAAACUGGGGAGAAAAGGAAACUAUAGUGCUCACAGAGGAAUGUAGUGCCAUCAUACAAAAUAAGCUUCCCCAAAAGAUGAAGGAUCCUGAGAGCUUCCAAUUUCCAUGCAUUAUAGGGGAUAUUAGCAUUGAGAAAGCAUUGUGUGACCUAGGAGCUAGUAUCAACCUUAUGUCCUUGGCCAUGAUGAAGAGAAUGAGAAUUGAAGAGGCCAAACUAACAAGGAUGGCCUUUCAACUAGCUGACAGAACAUUCAACUUUCCCCAUGGAGUAGUUGAGGACUUGUUGGUUAAGGUGGGAGAGUUUAUCUUCCCAACUGAUUUUGUAGUGCUUGAUAUAGAAGAAGAGGCUAAUGCAUCAAUCAUACUAGGGAGGCCAUUCUUGGCAACAGCUAGGGCUAUAAUUGAUGUACAAAAGGGAGAAUUAGUCAUACGGCUACAUGAUGAAAAGAUGGUAUUCAACGUUUUUACUGCCAUGAGUUACGCAAAGGAAUCCAUUGGAGAAUGUAUGAUGGUAGACAUAAUGAAGAAAUUGGUUCAAGGAGUCCUAGAAGAAGAUCAAUUUGAUGAUGCAAUGGAGCAAGAGCAACAAACAUCAUGUAGCGAAUUACCACAAGAAAGCAUGGAAGGUUCAAUCAUGCUAGACAAGGGAAACAAAGAGAAAGUGGAAGCACUAAAGCUGGAGUUGAAGAUCCUGCCCCCAACCAUGAAGUAUGCCUGCUUGGGGAACAAUAAUACUUUUUAG